GGGACCUUGAGCCAGCGCGCCGGCUGCCCCAGCUCUCACGGCCGCUGGCGGUCCAGCCAGGUAGGAUGCUGCGGCCGCUGCUGCUGCUGUGGCUCUGGGGGCGGCUCCGUGCCCUGACCCAAGGCACUCCGGCGGGGACCGCGCCGACCAAGGACGUGGUGGACUUGGAGUUUUACACCAAGAGGCUAUUCCAAAGCGUGAGUCCCUCGUUCCUGUCCAUCACCAUCGACGCCAGCCUGGCCACCGACCCUCGGUUCCUCACCUUCCUGGGCUCUCCACGGCUUCGAGCCCUGGCUAGAGGCUUAUCUCCUGCGUACUUGAGAUUUGGCGGCACCAAGACUGACUUCCUUAUUUUUGAUCCCAACAAGGAACCCACCUCUGAAGAAAGAAGUUACUGGCAAUCUCAAGACAACAAUGAUAUUUGCGGGUCUGAGCGGGUCUCUGCUGACGUGUUGAGGAAACUCCAGAUGGAGUGGCCCUUCCAGGAGCUGCUGCUGCUCCGAGAACAGUACCAAAGAGAAUUCAAGAACAGCACCUACUCACGAAGCUCGGUGGACAUGCUCUACAGUUUUGCUAAGUGCUCGAGGUUAGACCUGAUCUUUGGUCUAAAUGCGUUACUAAGAACCCCAGACUUGCGGUGGAACAGCUCCAACGCCCAGCUUCUCCUCAACUACUGCUCUUCCAAGGGUUAUAACAUCUCCUGGGAACUGGGCAACGAGCCCAACAGUUUCUGGAAGAAAGCUCAGAUUUCCAUCGAUGGGUUGCAGCUAGGAGAAGACUUUGUGGAGUUGCAUAAACUUCUACAAAAGUCAGCUUUCCAAAACGCAAAACUCUAUGGUCCUGACAUUGGUCAGCCUCGAGGGAAGACAGUUAAGCUGCUGAGAAGCUUCCUGAAGGCUGGUGGAGAAGUGAUUGACUCUCUCACCUGGCAUCACUACUACUUGAAUGGACGAGUUGCGACCAAAGAAGAUUUUCUGAGCUCUGAUGUCCUGGACACUUUUAUCCUAUCUGUGCAAAAAAUUCUGAAGGUGACUAAGGAGAUGACACCUGGCAAGAAGGUCUGGUUGGGAGAGACGAGCUCUGCCUACGGCGGCGGAGCGCCCUUGCUGUCCGAUACCUUUGCAGCUGGCUUUAUGUGGCUGGAUAAAUUGGGCCUGUCAGCCCAGCUGGGGAUAGAAGUCGUGAUGAGGCAGGUGUUUUUCGGAGCAGGCAACUACCACUUAGUGGACGAAAACUUCGAGCCCUUGCCCGAUUACUGGCUCUCUCUCCUGUUCAAGAAACUGGUAGGUCCCAAGGUGUUAAUGUCAAGAGUGAAAGGCCCAGACAGAAGCAAACUCCGAGUGUACCUCCACUGCACGAACGUCUAUCACCCAAGGUAUCGGGAAGGAGAUUUAACUCUGUACGUCCUGAACCUCCAUAAUGUCACCAAGCACUUGAAGCUGCCGCCUCCGAUGUUCAGCAGACCGGUGGAUAAGUACCUGCUGAAGCCUUUCGGUUCUGACGGACUGCUUUCCAAAUCCGUCCAACUGAACGGUCAAACCCUGAAGAUGGUCGAUGAGCAGACCCUGCCAGCUCUAACAGAAAAACCUCUCCCCGCAGGAAGCUCACUAAGCGUGCCCGCCUUUUCCUAUGGGUUUUUUGUCAUAAGAAAUGCCAAAAUCGCAGCUUGUAUAUGAAAAUAAAAGGCAUUACAGUACCCCUGAGACGAAAGCGGUCAGGGGUGUCAUUCAUAAGAAUAAAGCAAAACCCCAGCGGUAGGGAGCGGACUCCUUAGCAAGCUCCAGAGCCUCGGGAGGGCGGGGCAUGCUCCAGUGCUGGAUCCAGAGCCUCGGGAGGGCGGGGCAAGCUUCAACGCUGGAUCCAGAGCCUCGGGAGGGCGGGGCACGCGCUUCAGUGUUAACAUCCAGUGCGGUGUUCUCUAAGUAGACCACUGCAGGUGGUGACAGUUAAUGGCACCAUGUGGCAAAUGACGCUUAGCACUUUGCAUGCACUAUUUUGAGGGUUAUUAAAAAUGAAUACAAAUGCCUCCAAUAUGACCAAGAGGCAAAUAAGUGAAGGAUAUGUCCUGAUUUAAAAAAAAAAAAAAACAACAAACUUUGUUUUUAUUUUAUUGUUAUUAUUUUGUUAGGAAGAUUGUCAAAUACGACCUCCAGUAGCCUCUCUGUAGCUCCAAUGGGGGAAAGGCCCAUUGCCUUAACGCCACACUGGCUGUAAGAAGACACCUGCUCACCCUGAGAGGAACUAAAACAGAGAAACAGCCCCUGUGCCUCUCUUCGUUCUUCUUGAGUCUGUGAAAGGACAGGUGGCUGGGUGGAGUAAUACUAAACAAAAGCAAGAGACCGUCACAGUUGAGAGGGAAGGGAAAUGACUGUAAAGGAGAUGGUUGGUUGCUAGGGAGCUGUUUCCGGGAACACCUGACAUGCCAUCAUUGGGGUUUAUGGUUUCUACACCUGUAGUUCUUGCUUUGCUGGGAAAGCUUUGGCCUGUGAGUAACAGAAAUCUUUAAUGAGGACAUUUGUAACCCCACAUAAGUUGUUGAAGUGAGGUAGAGCCUGACAGCUGGGCACAUCAGCAGGACACGUCAUCAUCAGGAGUCUACCUUCUUUCUCCCUCUCUGUCCUGCUGUCUGUAGUGCUGGCUCCCUUCUGGGCCUGGUCAUGUGAUGGCUGCAACUGGUCUACAGAUCCAUUGAGAUCUGGCAGUGAGCAGAGGAAGAGAUGAGUGGUUUCUUCACAGACCUGAAGAGCUCUUUCUUGGAGGCUCUCCCAGCAAGCCUUUCCUCAAGUCUCAAGUCUUACUGGCUAGGAAUAGGUCUGUGGUCAUUCUCAAUGCCCAUAACUGUCUUCACACAGUACUCCUUUGGGGAAGAGAGGUUUGGUGGAGUCCACAGCCCUAGACAUUUGCUUUCGGUCUGUGCUUUUGAUCAAGCAACAAAGUGUAAUUCUCCCCCCCACCCCGGGAUUUUAAUAUUAAGGAUCGCAAUUCUAUAUGUUUGUGCCUGCUAUGAAUAUUAUCUCGAGUGAAUUUAGCAUGCCGAUGAAGCUAGAACGUAAAGUUUGUAUGCCUAGAUAUUUUCAAUUUUUAUGCAAGUAGGUUUUAUAUUUUCACAUUCGAAAUAAACUAAUUUUAUAGCCUCGA